AUGAAGGCAGCUAUGGCUGUCUGCACGGAGAUUCAGAAAGGUAAGGCCCAGUGGGAAGAGUUGUUUGCGCCGGUGAACUUCUUCUGCCGGUACAAGCACUUCAUGGUGCUUGUCAUGGCGGCGGAGACUGAGGAAGAGGAGCUCACUUACUUGGGCUUCUUCGAAUCGCGUCUCCGUCAGAUUGUGCAGCAGUUGGAGCGGAACCCGGCGGUGACACUGGCUCACAUCCAUGCCCGGCAGUACAAGCCGAGCAAGUCGGCCAAAUUCGGAGUGAGGGAGGAGAACGGCCGUCGGACGUGCUGGUUUAUUGGACUUCAAUUGGCUGAAAAUGUCAAGUAAGUUAAUAACUCUUCAUAUUUUUAGUAAACUUAUCUCAUUUUCAGAUCACUGGAUUUGACGCAGGAGGCCGAGCGAUUCAAGAAGAACGUGGAAAAACAGGCGACGUUCGGGAAGGCGAUUGGAGAGAUGAAUCGAGUCGAAAUCAACGCGGUCUACACGAAACGAUCGGCCUUGGUUCAAUUCGUGGCGGCAAAGGAACUGACGGUCGGGAUGGAUGGGAGCAAAAAGAAGAAGAGACCGCUGGGAGAGACCGCGGCCGACGGAGGAAAGAAACCGCGUAAAAACUAA